ACGACGAAGUCGAUUCGUUCGUGGUAGUCAGAUUCCACCCCUUCGGGAAAAUCACGAAUAGUUUUGUUUAGAUCGAAAAAACAUGGUUCGUAAACUGAAAGCGAGUCAGGCUCGUCCCACGUUGACAAAAGAUGCGAUAAGCCAAUUACCUAAUGAUUUGACAUGCCAGAUACUUUCUCUUCUCUCCACAAAGGAAGCUGUUAAGACUAGUGUUUUGUCUACUAGAUGGAGACAUCUUUGGCUUUCGCUUCCUUGUUUGGAGUUAAAAUCCAGGGAGUUUUUAGAUCUCAAAAACUUUACGAGUUUCGGCGACAGAUUCUUCGAUUCCACUAGGGUUUCAUGCAUACAGGAAGUCAAGUUAACGAUUCAUAAAAAAGACGUUAGUGAUGGUUAUUUUCUCACGUCAUGGUUUGAUGCUGCGGUUAAGCGUAAGAUCCAACAUCUACAUGUUGGUUCUUACUCUUACGCAGACCGUCGGUUUAACAAGAUGCCGCAGAGAGUUUAUAACUGUGAAACACUGGUAUGCUUAAAGCUUUUUCAAGUGACCUUGUCUGAUGCUGAGUUUGUUUCCUUACCUAGCCUGAAGACUAUGCAUUUAGAAUAUAUCGAGUUUCCUAAUGAGGCAACUUUUGAGACGCUUGUCUUAUGCUCCCCCGUGCUGGAAUGUUUAAAGAUUGUCGUGGCUAGUGACGAUGAAAAAGUAUUUCGGGUGCACUCUCGGUCAUUGAAGAGGCUCACUUUCGAACGAGUUUCUCCUUUCCUGUUUGAUUCAGCAGGAGUUGUUAUUGAUGCUCCUCGUCUAUGCUUUUUGAACAUCAACGAUAACAUAUCAAAAAGUGUCAUAAUACACAAAUUGGAGUCAAACGCCGUCUUACAAAUAUCUCUCCUCGGUAUCGUCCGUUUGGAAGAAUUUGAUGAUGAGUUUUUCGACGAUAUUUAUGAAGUAAUCGUUUCAUCGAAGAUAAGUAACAUCCACAAGUUUCUUCAUGGGAUCUCGAUGGCUAGGAGUAUGAAAAUAUGUAGAGGCACCUUAAAGAUUAUGUGUCACUACUCGAAACUCGAACCGUUUCCUCAGUUUAGUAACAUGUCCUACCUGGAUAUCACUCUUUAUCCACGCGAAUUUAAAUGGUUACCAGCCUUUCUUGAGAGCUUCCCAAACUUGAAGUACCUCGCCUUGGUAUGCGAUGACAGAAAGGGUGGUUUUAGUGAGGACAUUGAUCAAGUGAGUUUCUCAUCUGUGCCUGAGUGUUUGCUAUCGUCUCUCGAGUUUGUUGAGUUGAUAGCACCAGUCCAGUAUGAUGUUGAAUUGAAGCUGGUGAAGUACUUGUUAAAGAAUUCGGCUGUCCUCGAGAAACUCAUUCUACGUUUGGCUUCUUAUAAUUCAAGAAGAGACUAUAUGUUGAAGAAACUACUCAAAAUACCAAGAGUCUCUACCAAAUGUAAAGUCGUCAUCCUCUGAUUUGUAGUGAGAGUAUCGUGAGGUUUGUCUCUGACAUGGUUAUUUUUUAAUUUUUUUGAAACAUGCUACAUGGUUAUUCAACCAUCAAUAAGACACCUAAAGAACAUUUGCCAAACAAAUUUCUUUUGUAUGACAAAGCUUUAUGAGUUCUUUUCUUUUGUAUUUGUAAUUUCUAUUUCACUAGACGCAUGAGUUCUAAUUUAUUCUGGUUUUGAGAUUGCUUGAUUACAUAGAGAGGAAUACUUUGUAGGUUGUAUAUGUGGAAUACUUUGUAGGUUGUAGGAAAAAAAAAGAGGAAGACCAUCUAAAGAGAAGCAGCAACCAGCAAAGAAAGCUGGCAGUUCUGCUCCUAAGAAACCAAAACUCAAGAAAUGAGGUAAUGAUUUCGAUUCUGUUUUUUUUUAAACACGUUAAGACAACAAUUACAUAUAUGAAACAGAGUAGUUUUGCUUAUACGAGUUGGGUAAUGUAAGGCCUUUGAUAAAUAGAUUUCAGGAUCUCUAGGAAGACACUAAACAUGGCCUGGUUACUACUUCCUUCUUCACAGUUAUGUAUAAACUCUCAUUAGAAAAUAUAAAUAGAAUAAUGAUGAUUCAUGUUGUGCAUGAUUUGCCUUUAAGCAGUUAUGCUGAAACAGAGUAAAAUUAUAGUCAAGACUGAAGAAGACUGAAGAAGAUAUCAAACAUCAAGACUGAAGAAGAAGAAGAAGUAGAAGCAAGUUCCUUACUCUGUUUUACGUAAAUGCGAAAGCAUUAAGAUCAUUAAGAUCAAGAACAGAGCAGUAAAAUUAUAGUCU